GGGGAGAGGUGGAGGAGGGGGUGCUGGCGGGCCGAGUCGGGAGGAGGUUCGGGCGUUCCUGAAGAGCACGCUGGCGGCGUUACGCAGGGGCUCCCCCCUCUCCCACGCCGUGACCUGGGAGAUGCUCCGCCGCAGCGCCGCCGCCCACAUGCUCCUGCCGCAGUGCCUGGAGAUGGAGUUCGCCAUGGCGGCUCACUUCGUGCACGGCCACGCGGACUUCCUGGAGGGGGUUCGCGCGCUGCUGGUUGACAAGGACAACGCGCCCGUGUGGCGGUACGGCAGGGUGGGGGAGGUGCCGGCGGCGGCGGUGCAGCGAGUGUUUGAGCCGCUG